AGCAAGCGGGCGAAACGCAAGCAUUCUACUCCUUUCUUAUGUCUUACAGUCUUACAAUCUCUUUUAGAUUUUGCUGUUGCUAUGGAGCGUUCUAUUGAGUUUCGCCUCGUGGGCUUCUAUACUCUGAUCUAAUUCAGGAUGUUUUACACCUGUGGUCCCAAUGAGGCGAUGGUGGUCUCAGGAUGUGGCCGCUCUCCUCCUCUAAUGAUUGCUGGUGGAAGAGUGUUUGUUUUUCCCUGCAUUCAGCAAAUCCAGCGGAUCUCUCUCAAUACUCUGACUCUGAAUGUGAAGAGUGAUAAGGUCUACACCAGACAUGGAGUACCAAUCUCGGUUACGGGCAUUGCUCAGGUGAAGAUCCAGGGUCAGAAUAAAGAAAUGCUGGCCGCAGCCUGUCAGAUGUUCAUGGGGAUGUCGGAGGUUGAGAUUGCUCAGAUUGCCCUAGAGACCCUUGAGGGACAUCAGAGAGCCAUUAUCGCCCACCUGACUGUGGAGGAGAUCUAUCAGGACCGUAAAAAGUUCUCUGAGCAGGUCUUUAAGGUGGCUUCCUCUGACCUGCUCAACAUGGGGAUCGGUGUCGUCAGCUACACGCUCAAAGAUGUGCAUGAUGAUCAGAAUUAUCUAAGCUCGCUGGGUAAAGCUCGUACCGCUCAGGUGCAAAGAGAUGCCCGUAUCGGUGAAGCUCAGUUCAAGAGGGAUGCCGUCAUCAGGGAGGCUCACGCCAUGCAGGAGAAGAUCUCUGCUCAGUAUAAGAAUGAGAUUGAGAUGGCUAAAGCCCAGAGAGACUUUGAGCUGAAGAAAGCCGCCUAUGACAUGGAGGUCAACACCAAGAAGGCAGAGUCUGAAAUGGCCUAUCAGCUUCAGGUGGCCAAGACAAAGCAGCGCAUCGAGGAGGAGAAGAUGCAGGUUCAAGUCGUGGAGCGUACGCAGCAGAUCACUCUACAGGAGCAGGAGAUCACCCGCAGGGAGAAGGAACUGGAGGCCAAAGUCCAGAAACCAGCUGAGGCCGAGAGAUACCGCAUUGAGAAGCUCGCUGAGGCAGAAAAGCUUCAGUUGAUCAUGGAGGCAGAAGCUGAGGCAGAGGCCAUCAGAAUGAGAGGAGAGGCAGAGGCCUUUGCACUGGAGGCAAAGGGUCGGGCUGAAGCCGAGCAGAUGGCCAAAAAGGCAGAAGCCUUUAAGCAGUACAAAGAGGGAGCCAUGGUGGACAUGCUGCUGGAGAAGCUCCCACUGAUGGCAGAAGAGAUCAGCAAGCCACUCUGUGCAGCCCAAAAGGUCACCAUGGUGUCCAGCGGUGGGUCAGAAGUGGGCGCAGCUAAGCUGACAGGAGAAGUUCUGGAAAUCAUGACUCGCCUGCCGAGCGCAGUGGAGAAACUGACUGGAGUCAAAAUCUCACAGGUUGUUUCAACCCGCAUGGGCUAAUGGAGUUCAUGAGGAAGGAAUCGGGUCUGAUCAGCUCUGAUCGUGGAUCUCAGCUCUUCCUGUCUGUGUGCAUGCCUGUGUUUGUACUGAACCUGGAACAUUGUGCUCCUUUUUGUUUUUGUAAUCCACCAUUUGUAACAUUCAGUUUUUAUAUUCUAGUUUGUAAAUUAUUUUAUCACAUUAUAUGAUCAUUUUAUAAGUUAGGUGUACUACAUCAUCUGCUCCAGAGCCACUGUUAACGGUGAAUAUUCAGGGAAGCAGGGCUGGUCUUCCUUUCA